CCAGUGGCAGACACUGCUUCCACUUUCCGUGGGAGCGUGAGCCGCUCCGCUGCUCUAAGUUCCCUGGGAUCGGGAUUUCACAGCCGAGGCGCCUGCAUCCCGCACCUCCCUAUACACGUCCAGUGUGAAAUCGACAGGGAUGGGCGUCAGGAUGUGGUUGCCAUUCCCCGUGCUGCUCCUGUCCGCUCUGCCCGCAACGUUGCUGAGCGGGGCGGCCGGCUUCACACCCUCUUUGGAUAGUGACUUCACCUUCACGCUGCCGGCCGGCCGGAAGGAGUGCUUCUACCAGCCCAUGCCCCUGAAGGCGUCGUUGGAGAUCGAGUACCAAGUUUUAGAUGGAGGAGAAUUAGAUAUUGAUUUCCACCUUGCCUCUCCAGAGGGCAGAACCUUAGUUUUUGAACAAAGAAAAUCAGAUGGUGUUCAUACGGUAGAGACUGAAGAUGGCGACUACAUGUUCUGCUUUGACAACACAUUCAGCACCAUCUCUGAGAAGGUCAUUUUCUUUGAGUUGAUCCUGGAUAACAUGGGAGAAGAAGUUGAAGGACAAGAGGACUGGAAAAAGUAUAUUACUAACACAGAUGUUCUGGAGAUGAAACUAGAAGACAUCCUGGAAUCCAUCAACAGCAUCAAGUCCAGACUAAGCAAAAGUGGCCACAUACAGACUCUGCUUAGAGCAUUUAGAGCUCGUGAUCGAAACAUUGAUAGAGUCAAUUUCUGGUCUGUGGUGAACUUGAUUGUCAUGGUGGUUGUCAGUAUUCAAGUUUAUACACUGAAAAGUCUAUUUGAAGAUAAGAGGAAAAGUAGAACUUGA